ACUGAGAACAGCUGAAACUGGCUCGCGGGUUUUUUUUAAAGCGCUGCAUCAUUUUGGUGCCGACUUUACACUUUAAAAGCUUUUAACUUGGCGAGACGGGCGCUGUUUGAGAGAGGACGGCGAAGACACAGCGGAGAAGUAGCUGGACUCGGUCAGUUAGCGCGGAGAAGCAGGACGGGGGCAUGCAGGCGCUCAGACACUGCGGGGCGUGUGUGUCCAGGGCGGGGUUUCACAGCCGGACCGACUUCCUCCACAGCGAAGCAAACAUGGCUACGAUCCGCCGAGCUGCUGCGUGCCUGAACCUAUUCCGGGGCGCGAGCACGUCGCUCUGCAGCAACAGGAAAUCAGUCCGCCCGCUGCUGCGCGCUCCCGCGGUCGCCCGGUCGGAGGCGGCGGCGCUGAGCGUGGGGAGCGGCCUGUGCGCACUUCCCUUCGCGCAGCAGGUGGAAAACCUCUCGCAUGAAUCUCUCAUUCGGCGGGCAUCCUGCCUGGUCACAGACAGCGCCAACACCUACCUUUCCCAGACCACUCUGGCCCUUGUGGACGCCCUUACAUGCUAUUCAAAGGCUCUGCACACCCUCAUUGCUCUUCAGAAGCGCUAUUUGGACUCGAUGGGAAAACUCACACCUGCGGAGGAAGACAGCAUCUGGCAAGUCAUCAUUGGCCAGCGAGUAGAGGUCAGUGACAGGCUGGUCGAGUGCAAGCGCUUUGAAUCAAACUGGAUGAAUGCCGUCAAGAUCUGUGAGUUGUCGGCCGAGGCAGCCUACAGUUCAGGAGCGGAACACGCCUCCGUUGCCUUAAAGACCAGCCUGCAGGUGGCGCAGUCUAAGGUAGAGGAGAUGAGGAAAAUCCGGCUGGCAGCAGAGAAGAGUCUAGCCGAGACUAAGGCCGAUGAGAUCCAGAGAAUGGCUGAGUAUGCUUCCAGCAUCAACUUGCAUGACUUGGAGGAUAUUCCUGAGGCCUACCUCCGCGAAGACUGAAGACUUCUUGGGAAGAACUGUGUUUAACUUUGCUCAUAUGGAGCAUCAGAGUGUCCUGCAGUUGCCUGAACGCACACUGCUGGAGGAGCAUGGCUGCGGAAACCAGCGAGUUUGAAUUGUGUGAUCCGUGAUGAGGUCCUGGUUCAAAUGUAUUCUGAGCUAGAAUGUAGAAUCCAUUUAUACUUCAUUUCAGGAGGUUCCGAGAAGAAUCGUUCAGAUUUUUGCUGUAAGGCUUAGAUUAGAUUUUGUCGUUGAAGAAAUAUCUUUUGCUCGGUUAGCCAUUCUAAUUAAGCCAAAAUGCUUAGUGGUGAAAAGGCACGACACAAUUUCUGGUCAUCUUGUUAAGGUAUGUGUCUGUAUUUUGUAAAGGAAAAGAAAACCCCCCCUGAAAAGACACUGAAAUGGAAAAUAGGUUGGCUGGACGAGCUGAGAAUCGUGUGAGAAUCGCUCAUGUUUGUGUAUUUGAACUAAGAUGCAUAGUCAUUUGUCCAGUUGUGCACAGUUUAAUUAUUAAAGAAAGGAAAUGUAUUGCUGCAACGUUGUAUAUAAAUAAACCUUAUUUUUCUACUUA